CCAAAAAAAAUCCAAAACGCAGAAGUGAAGACAAACAGGAAGUGAUUCAAAUCAGAUGUCAGUACUUUCUUCUCCGCUCUGUUUCAAAGUUAACCGCGUAGGAGGCAAGUCGCCAUUGCAGCUCCCCGCGUGCGGCAGCUUCUCGCUUUAACGAACUUUAAUCCACGCGAUCCGGUUCCGCGGCUCCGCGUCUCCCCGCGAACGCCCUUCAUUCAUUCAUCGACCAAAAAAAAAAAAGGCUCCGGCACCGCCAGGUGAAUCCAGGCCAACAGGCUGAGAGGCUCCAGCGAGGGAAACGACGAUGGCUUCAGCGUGGCAGAGCGUCGUGUCCGUGCACCAGACGAUAGUGGAAAGCGGAGACAAGAGGACGGACGAGUGGCUGCUGGUCUACUCCCCCGUCCCGGUGGCGCUCAUCUUCCUGGCGUACCUCUUCGUGGUCUGGGCCGGCCCCCGUCUGAUGAAGCACAGAGAACCCUUCGACCUCAAAGGCGUCCUGGUCUUGUACAACUUCGCCAUGGUCGGCCUGUCGGCCUACAUGUUCUACGAGAUCCUGGUCACGGCGUGGCUCUCCAACUACAGCCUCCUGUGCCAGCCCGUCGACUACAGCACCAAGCCGCUGCCCCUGAGGAUGGCCAAGGCCUGCUGGUGGUUCUUCUUCUCCAAGAUCAUCGAGCUGGCCGACACGAUGUUCUUCAUCCUGAGGAAGAAGAACAACCAGCUGACUUUCCUCCACGUCUACCACCACGGGCCCCUGAUGUUCAACUGGUGGGCGGGCAUCAAGUACGUGGCCGGCGGACAGUCGUUUCUCAUCUGCCUGGUGAACACCUUCAUUCACCUGGUGAUGUACUCGUACUACGGCCUGGCGGCGCUCGGCCCCCACAUGCAGAAGUACCUGUGGUGGAAGCGGUACCUCACCUCUCUGCAGCUGGUGCAGCUUUUUCUGUUCCUCGUGCACUCCGGCUACAACCUGUUCACCGAGUGCGACUUCCCCGACUCCAUGAACGCGGCGGUGUUCGGGUACUGCGUCGUGCUCGUCAUCCUCUUCAGCAACUUCUAUUAUCAGAGCUACCUCAACAAGAAGAAGCAGAAAUAAGUGUUUGUGUCUGUUUGAGGGAUCGUUUUCCGUCUGCAGUACUCGGCUACGUCCACCAGAGGGAGCAACGGGCCCGCCGUCUGCGCGUCAUUCCCCCUCAUUUAAGUUCUCUCUGUAUUUUAUAUCAAGUGUCAAAUGCAUGGUUUAAAAAGACAUGAUCAUUCAAUUAUUUAUUUCUUAAAUUGAGAAAUGACAAAUAUUCAAAUGAUUGCUGUAAACAAACUGUACAUUUUAUACAUAACAAAGUAGGUUUUUUUCUGCAUUACUGCAGAAUUAAAGAGUUCACACUUUCCUCAAAGGAUCCAUCCCCUUAAUAGAACAAAAUAUGGAAAUUAACAUUCCACUGCCAAAACACUGCAAAAUGAUAUAUCCUUUUCAACACUUCAGUCUAAAAUAGAUUGAAACAUGUAAAGUCAAAACGAGAAGGAAGACAUUUAAUUUCCAUUCACGAGUUUUGUGUUUGAAAUGUAUAUAUUGAUGCUAAAAAAACCCUACAUGAGUUCUGAGUUUAAGAAAUAAAGUAUAUGGAACCUUUAAAAGCCUAACAAAAAUGG